AUGGACGUCGAGAUCGGGGGCGAACCCGCAGGACGGAUUAUCAUUCGUCUGUUCUCGAAAGACUUGCCGAUCACUUGUCGCAAUUUUAUGGAGCUCGCUAGAGGCGUGCACGGGUUUGGCUACAAAGGGACAAAGUUUCAUCGAUGCAUACCAAAUUUUAUGAUUCAAGGCGGGGAUUUUACGACGGGCGAUGGGACUGGUGGACGAUCCAUAUAUGGACCACGAUUUCGCGACGAGAACUUCAAAUACAAACACACGAAGAAAGGGCUGAUCGCGAUGGCGAAUACGGGCCCGAAUAGCAAUGCAUCACAGUUCUAUAUCUGCUGCCAGAAGACGAGUCACUUAGACAACCGAAAUGUCGUAUUUGGAGAAAUUGCUGAAGGCAUGGACGUGGUGCACAAGGUCGAGAAAUGCGGGUCAGCACCAGGGGACGUCAGUCCCGACUGCCUGAUCGUGGACUGUGGAUCGAUCGACUGGACGCCCACGAAGCGUUAG